ACAACCCUUUGAAGCAACAGCUCCAGUGGAAGGCAACCGUAAGGCGUGAUCGAGCGUCAGCAAAGCAAGUCAAGCAAGUCAAGCAAGUCAAGCAACUCCACGAUCGAUUUGAGGAGAAGAAAAGAACAGCAAAAAGGUGUUUUCUCAGCAUAAUUAGCGCACAAACAGAGAGUGCGGCAAGUGUUCGUAGGCGUGUGUGAAGCGAACAAACACAGUGUGUGAACCGAGAUCGGGAAUAGUGUAUUUAGUUGGUGUGCGUUGAAGUGAAGCUGUUCGUUUGGAUCGUUGGUGAAGAAAGUGAAAAGCUAUCAGAGUACACCUGUGAGAACGGCAGUGAACAAAACGUUACCGCAAACACACCACACCACGCCAGAACCAAAAAAAAAAAAACCGAGACAAACAGUGAAUGUGCCCGUGUGUGCGAUCGUAAAGUGAACGAUCGUGAUUCAGGAAGCGUGUAUCGACGACAGCCAGCCAGACAGGGCAGGAAAUCGGAAAACGAAGCGAACAAUACCGAGGGAAGCAGGAAAGCAGCGCAGCGCGAAGAAUAGAAGCGCGGCAGUGAACGUGGAACGAAAGACUUAGAUGCAAGCGUAAGCGACGAACGGCACUGCACCGGAAGGGCAGCCGCAACAGCAGCAACAAACAGGAACAGCUUGCGGAAACAUUACAGGAAAGCACAGUGCACCGGACCCUCUCUCUCACUGUCUCUCAAUCCCCGGCAAACAGUAUGGCGUGUGGACGAAAGCUAAGCAUCGGUGCGGCGGUGAUGGUGGUGUCGAGUCUGGUGUCGGUCUGCUCCGGAUCGGCCAUACCGAUGUGGGAGUUUCUGAGCCGUAGCGAAAAGAUGUCGCACCUGUACACGAUGUUCGCCAAGCAGGUGUCGAGUUACUGCAAGAACUCCCAGGACAUGCCGACCAACAUGUGCAAGCGUAAUCUGCUGAUGUACGGCAUCAACAAGCUGCAGGAUAUGAACGAAUCGCACCUGGACUCGAUGGACCCGUACCAGCGUGGCGCUACUGAUAUAAUUUGGGACGCCAUGAUGGAUGGUCACACGAAGAAUGGCAAGAAGAAGACACAGACGACCGUCGCUCCGGCCUACAUCGUGAGCGAACAGUUCGAGCACAAUCCACUCUUCGACGAUCCGGCACCGACGUCGGAUGGUAUCCGUAAGGGUGGUAGCAUCAGCAAGUACGGCAUGGAUUACGAUUACAAUGUCGGUCCGACCGGUCAGGAGAUGCAGUUCUCGGAACCACACAACCAUCUGCCCCAGGAAGCGUCGACGAAUGUGGACUACUCGUUCCAGUACCAGCCGGCCGCUUCGACGCACUUCAACAAUCUGGCACCGUACGAACAGAACACGAACUACCUGACCGGUCCGAUGGUGGUGCGUCUGCGUCCCGAUGGCACGCCGGUUGAGGAGGAUCGCUUGAAGUCUUCUGCGUCAGUGGUCGCUGCCAUCAGCGUGCCGAAGGAUGACGACAUUAAGGAGAUGACGCUCGGCAAGGAGAAGAUGCCAAGCUUCCAGCAGAUCUACGACAGUCUGAAGCAGAACGAGGAACACCAUCUACCGGCGUCGACGUCGACAGUGGCGGCCCCAAGCACAACCACGCUUACGACGUCCGCACCAGUUGCCGCUGUACCGACUCAGCAGCAGCAGCAGCAACCGAUCUACGUGCAGCGUCUGCCGAACUACCUCCGUUCCUAUCGCACCGCUUACCGGGUGUACAAUGCCCACUAAGUGGCCGCUCGGAGCGCGGAUCGAAAGCUGAAUGUGAUUUUGUAUUAAUUAACUCAAACUAAACGCAAAGAUGAUGACGACGACGACGACAGCCACCGGAACAGACUCAUCUCAGCGGGGUGUUACCAACGGGUACCACGCGGAAUGCUGUGGUUCGCGGCUGGUAAGAGACCGCGGCUGAACUAAAAGCACAAAAAAGGGAACCUACCACCGUUAAGGAUCGCCUACUAGCUAAGCUACUAAGGAACGAUGAUCACGAUGAUGCGAGCUACAGUGUGUAUGGAGUCGGUGGAAACAUUUGCUGCGAUCAACUGCGAUCGAUCUCUGGUUUUGUGUCGAGAUCGAUCGAGAGUUUUCUCGCCCGGUCCACCUGGCCUCCUUGGCACAGGUAGCUCACGGUAUAAUAUGUAUUUAUGUAUCUCUAAACCCAUCCCUCGAAUUCGUAGUAGUGGUUGUUUCUUUUCCUCGCCCUUUUCAAACUCUCCUUUGGGGGAUUGUUCGAGGAUUUUUGGAUGGAAUGGUAUGUGGUACUGUGCGAGCGAAAUUGUGAUCCGAGCGAACAGAAACAACUAGCACUACGAUCAGCAAGAAAGAUAGGGAUAGAGAGCUUAUGAAUUCGGCAACGAGGAAGAACAAUGGACGUCCUUUUUUUUAUACCUUUACAUUUACGUACUAGUUAGUAACGAUAGAGCUAGCCUGUAACUUGCGUGUCCGUGGCGUACCAUGUGUGCGUUGGGGGCGUCUUAAAUUAUUGCAUAUUUAUGUGUCUGCGUGUGUUGUGCGUGCUGCGAUUGUCGAAGAGGAAGCAAUAGAAAUGGAGCUCUGUCGCGAUCAGUUCAAGAACCAGCCAGGAAGUAGAUCCGAAUAAUUCACAAAAAACGCAGCACGGCACACAACGACAAAACACGCAAACACUGGUCACACCUGGACCGGAAUGGGGGACAAAUUUAACGAUUUUGGUUGAUGGUUUUAGUACGGGAAAAGGGGGGGCGCGCCCGCCCUUUUUCUCUGUCGAAAUUGGCCAAUCGAAAUCGAACGGUAUUCCAAAUUAUUUGGAGAAGUGUUUUAUGUUCUUUUUUUAAAAAACUAUUAUUUUCUCAUAAUUGGUGUAACAAUGAUCAUUAGACUAAGCAGGAACAGGAGGAGUUUUAGGAUAAGAAACGCGAGUCGUGAGUCGCAGGGAAAAUACAUGGGAAAUAGCAGCAGCAGCAGCAGCAGCAGCAGCAGCAGCUGAAGCGACAGGAAGAGAGUUAUUGUGAUGUUUUACUGUAGGGACAGCGAGAGGUAGUGCAACUCCCGGGGAUUAGAUCCGGGGAUCGCCCACCGGCGGAAACCAGACUCACUGCACCAUUACCAUUACUGGUGGUGGUGACGGUGUUCGUUUCGUUUCCGGUUGCCGAUCCCGCGUUCCAGUCCUGGGAGCGCCUAGCUUAGGCCUUAGCUUUUAGGGAGCAUUAACAUUAAGUCAUACGAAAAAGAAAGCACAACAAGCUUGCAAGAGUACAUCUUUUUUGAAGAUCCGUGA